AUGGCCAUUUUCUGGACCCAAGAAAGGAAAAAACAUGGGACAUGCUCCGAGCCUGUUCUUGACCAACAUGGAUACUUCAUGCAAACGCAGAUAGAGGAUGCUACACCAGAGGCAAUAAGAUUCACUCCGUGGAUAGAGUGUAAUACUGAUACAUCAGGGAAUAAUCAACUUAAUCAAAUUUACUUGUGCGUAGAUACUACUGGGAAAAAUCUCAUUGAAUUUCCAGUGUUUCCCAAAGGCAAAUGUGGUUCAGAGAUUGAGUUUAUGGAAACAGACGACGAAGAAUGUGGUAUGUGA